AUGGUGCAAGUUGAGGAAAGUAAAUUAAUUGCCAUCGGUGAUGUAUUAAAUAACCGUGAUCGUCCACUAAAAGAACGGUUUCGAGCAUUGUUCACGUUGCGAAAUAUUGGUGGCGAACGCGCACUCGAGUCCAUCGGCCGGUGUUUCGAUGAUGAGUCGGCAUUGCUUAAACACGAGCUGGCGUACUGUCUGGGACAGAUGCAGGAUGUGAGAGCGAUUCCCAUGCUUACGAAGGUGCUUGCCGAUGUGCAACAGGAACCGAUGGUAAGGCACGAAGCAGCCGAGGCACUCGGUGCCAUCGGGGACAGCUCUGUGGAGGCAACGCUGAUCAGCUUCAGUAAGGACCCUGUCGUGGAGGUAGCGGAAACGUGCGAAAUCGCACUGGAACGUGUGCGAUGGUUGAAACAAACGCAAGAGCAAGCACUGAAAGACGACCCAAAUCCGUAUGCCUCCGUAGACCCGACACCACCGGCCGCUUCCAAGAGCGUUGAAGAGCUCAGGCGAAUCCUCAUGGAUGAAUCGGACACGCUUUUCAAUCGAUAUCGGGCCAUGUUUGCGCUACGUAAUCUGCGCACGGAGGAAGCCACCCUUGCACUGGCCACUGGACUAAAGGGCAAAAGUGCACUGUUCCGGCACGAGGUUGCGUUUGUGUUGGGUCAGCUGCAGGAAGAAUGUAGUAUACCAUUUUUGGUAGAAAAUUUGCGCGAUCCGGCCGAAAACGAAAUGGUGCGGCAUGAAUGUGCGGAAGCACUCGGUGCCAUCGCAACGGAGGAGUGCACACGUGUGCUGAACGAGUAUCUUCAGGAUGACAAGCGCGUGGUAAAGGAAAGCUGCGAAGUAGCGCUGGACAUGUGCGAGUAUGAAAACAGUCCCGAAUUCCAGUACGCCGACACGCUCGUGAAGGUAGCAAACGAUGGAUAA